GUCCACUCACUCAACUCGCCCAUUCUGCUCUCCCCUUCCAUUGCCAUGAUCCAUCCUCUGCCUUGCCUCUAUCCGCUUUCUUCUUGUCACACUUCCUUGCAGCUUCCUCAUGCCAGGACUCUCACUACUCCUCCUGGGAACCUCAGGUGGUCCCAGGCACUGGCAAAUGGAUUCUAAACUGCCGCAUUAUGCCAGGCGGCAUCCCUCACCACCAGCACCGUCUCGUAUCAAACGCCCCCCCCCGUCACACCUUCUCUGCCCUGCCCUAUUCAUCCAUCCCCCCCACCUCCCCCUUUUCUCUCAAGUUUUCGGCAAGUAGCGGCAAGUCCAUGCUCAUCAAGCUGCUAGCCGGCCGCCAGCCCGCCACCACCCGGCACCGUCUCGUUCAACGCGCACCCCAUCACGCCCUCGCGCGGCGCAUCGCCUCGUGGGGGUGGGCUUCGAUGCCGACUGCCACCUCCCCGCCCUCGUCCGUGCACGAAACCCUCGCCUUCGCCCGCCACCUGCUCGUACCCGCUGUCAGCCAAGCAGCUGCUGCAGCACCCCAUGCUGAGCAAGGCGCUGCGGGCGAGCAUAGAGAGGGUGCGAGGACCCUCUGGGUGGCGUCCCGAGAGGCCAUGUUUGGGCUGCGACGGCAUGCGGGAGAGAAGGUGCUGCUGUUUGAUCGCAUCAGCCAGGUGUAUGAUGGGCCCUCCACACACAAGACGCUCACCAUGCUGCGCACCCACGCACAGGUGCGGCAGCAUGUGGUGCUGUGCUCGCUGCAGUCUCCCGCACAGGCGGCCUUCUCCCUCUUCGACCGGGUGCGGCAGCACGCGGUGCUGUGCUCGCUGCAGUCGCCCACACAGGCGGUCUUCUCCCUCUUCGACCGGGUCAUCGUGCUCAACCAGGGCAACAUUGUCUACCAGGGCCCCUGCCACUCCGCGCUCCGACACUUCCAGCAGCUCGGAUACUUGAAGCCACUGCACAUGUCAGUGCCAGGUUAUCCGCAGCGCGGCACGUCAAUGCCCUUACUGACUCGCCUUGUCCUCAUUCCCUCACUCGUACCCACUCCCCUCUCCUCCCAUCUCUCCUGUCCCCCCAUCGCCCCAUCAUCUCCCCCCCCCCCCCCUCUCAGCUACCUGAAGCCACUACACACGUCAGUGCCGGAUGCCGAGUAUCUGCAGCACGUCACCACGGAGGGAGGGGGCGCCCUCAGAUCCGGCAAGAGGAAGCUGCAUGCUCGAGGGCUUCGGGCUUCGGUGAGUGCGGUGCUGCUCGAGGGCUUCGGUGAGUGCGGUGCUGCUCGAGGGCUUCGGUGGAGUGCGGUGCUGCUCGAGGGCUUCGUGCGUGCAUACAAGAAGUCCCCUCAUUACAAGAACAUCCUCCGUGUCACAAGCCACCCCACGCCUCUCCUCCUCCUCUGGAUCUCCGGGCCGGCAUGCCACGUCCUUUCCCGGAUCCGCUGCGCGAUCGCCGACGUGGCACCUGACGCCACUUCAGCAGACGCCAGCGCUCCAGACGCUGCCACAUCAGCUCCAAACGGCGAGCAGCAGCAGGGCGCUGCAGCAGGAAGCAGCGGAGCAGCAGAGAGCUCGUCGGCGGGAGGAGAAGCUAAGGGGUUGGGAGUGUCAUCUUACCAAGCAGUAGUGGUGACAGAGUCUCGUGUGAUAUUCGAUGAGGACGGGGGGGAAGGAGGAGUGGGGGCAGGCGAAGCUGAUGGGGAGGGACGAGGGGGAGGGAGAGGAGCGGGAAGGAGAGGGGGAAGGGGAAGGGGAGAGGGGGGGCAUUUGGAGGAGGGGGUGGAGGCGACGGGACCGGUGUGUGUAGGAGACGUGGUGGUGGCAGUGACGGUGGGCGAUCGGGGUGAGAUGGAGUAUGCGAGGUAUGCGGGGGGGGAUGUGCCGGUGGAGGAGAUAAUGGAGAUGCUGGAGGAGGUCAGGGACAGCGCCACAUGGCUGCAUCUGGAGCUGCAGCGACCCCUCAAUAUAGUCACACAGCCGGAAAAGGCAACUCAGUGCGGCGAGGAGGAGGAGCAGACGGAACACCUGUUGACGAGUAGCAGCCAGGCUCCCAGCGACGUGGAGGCCGGCUGUGCUGCUGCUGCUGGUGGGGCUGCUGCUGCUGGUGGGGCAGCUGGUGAGAGUGCACAGCAGGGAGCUGAUGCGGCUGAGCCCCCGCCUGGCAGUGCUGCUGCUGCAGGCGCAGAGGCUGAGCAUGUGGAGGCCAAGGCCAAUGACACGCGUGUUGACAUCCAUGACCAUGACACCCCUGCUGACGCCGACGACACACACGCUUUGGUCAGCCACAUUGCCCGGUGCGACAGCGCCCGAGGAGCAGCAGGUGAGGACGACAAGGGAGAGCAUGGAGAGGAGGAGGCAGACGCGGUCGCAGCAGCAGGGAGCACGAAGCGGGGCAACGCGAGGGGCAUCCAGUCGCUCCCGAAGGCCAUCCCCCACGCCAUCACGAAAGCCUUCAAGAGCAUCGGCCUGUCUGCAUUCAAAAGGCUGCAGGGCAGCAGCAGCAGGAGGAGGAGCGGCGCGUUCAUGCAGCUGCAGGGGGUGAAUGCCGCAGGGGCUCUUAAAGCCAUGAACCUGUCGGCUGCGGCGACGGCGUCGCGCGCGGCGGUGAUGGCGGGGCUGUGGGGGGGGGCGAACAGAGAGCUGCUGCGCAAGGAGUUGAUUCUGGACAUGUGGCCUGAGUUUAAGUUGUUGUUGAGGCGGCAGUUGCAGGUCAAUCUGCGGAACUGGAGCUUCAUUGCUGCCCGCCUGCUGCUGGUAAGUGGGAGGAGAGGAGCUGGUGCAGGCGAGGGGAAGCAUGUGGUGCAGAGGACCUCUUUGUGGGCUUCGACCUGCUCAGUCUCUUACACCUCCCUGCAGGACCUCGUGGUCACCCUGCUCGGCCUCUUCGUGGGAUUUGAUUUCUUCCAGCUGCCAGCCGAACCGCCGUCCUUCGCGCACCUGAACCUGCGGAGGGGCGUGAUGCAGAUAUCACUCAUCACCAUGACGGUGAACAAUGUGAGCCUGCUGCCGGGCUACAUGCUGGAGCGCCAGGUGUACUUCAAGCACCGCAGCGCGCGCUUCUUCCGCACGCGCUCCUACGCGCUCUCGCAGCUCAUCGCCAGCCUGCCACUCUCCAUCGUUGAGGCGACCAUCUGGUCGGUGCUGGUGUAUUUCCUCUCGGGCCUCACGCUCUCCGACUACGGAGCGCACUUCUUCAUCUUCCUCUUCGUCCUCUCCCUCGUGGCCAUUCACGGCGCUGCCAUGAUCCGCUUCAUCGCCUUCACCUCCCGCACCCUCCGCUCCGCCGCCUUCGCUGCGGCCAUCUUCAUGGGCCCCGGCAUGUUCCUCUUCGGCCACAUCCUUGUAGCCAAGGCGCUUAUACCGAGUUUCUGGAUCUGGCUAUACUGGAUCAACCCCAUGCAGUGGGCGUCGACGGUCCUAGCGAUCAACGAGCAGCGGAAGUACGUUCCUGUGCAGUUCUGCCCAGCUCCUGCACUCGUCCCGACCAACAUGCCGUACUGUGUGGGGCGCGAGAACUGGCCGAUCGGCCGAGCGUACAUGGAAGAGUACAGCUGGAACUACGAAUGGGGGUAUUUGAUCGCAGGGCCGUUUGUGAUUCUCGCGUGGAUUGCCAUUUGGACGGUGGGGACGUUUCUGAGCAUGCGGCCGCAGCACUACAGCACCUUUGCUGCGCCCGUGAGAGUGCUCUCAGAGGCCAAGCGCGGAGGGAAGCGGGCUGGUGCGAGGGAGGAGGGGAACGGGAAUGGGACUGGGGGAGGAGCAACUGGGGGAGGAGCAACUGGGUCAGUAGCAGCGAGGGUUUUGGGGGCAGUUACGGCUGCCAUGGGGGGUUCAUGGCAGCGGAGGGGCAGUGGGAAGGAGGGAGCAGCAGCGGGCGGAGGAGAGGGCACCUCCCAGAAGAAGCCUGGCGGAGCAGAGGAGCAGGGAGGGAUGGGAGGGCAUUCGAGCUACAGGGAUGUGGAGUGGGGUCCUGGUCCUGCCGUUUCGAGGGACGGCCAUGGAAGCUCAACAGCAGAAGAAGCAGCAGUGGCAGCGGCGGCAGCAGCGGCAGAGGCAGCAGGGGCAGCAGAGGCAGCGAUCAUGGACUGCAACAUUCCCUUCACCCCGUACAUCAUCACGUUUGAAAACCUCUCCUGCUCCGUGCCGCUGCCCUGCCCGCCCGAGAACGCCUGGGGGAAGUCUUCGGUGGGCGCUGGUGGGGAGGCGAGGAGGAGGAGUGAGGCGAGCCGGUGCCUGGUGCGGGGGGUGACGGGGUGGGUGAAACCGGGGGAGGUGACAGCUGUGACGGGCGCCAGGGGCACAGGCAAGACCACUCUGCUCAACUGCCUUGCAGGCCGCAAGAUACCCGGCAAGGUGAAUGGCCGACUGCUGGUGAACGGAAAGCCAAGGGACCUCCCAUCGUUCCUGCGCACCACUGCAUACAUCCAAGGCGCCGACCUCCUCUACCCGCUGCUCACCCUGCGGGAGAGCCUGCUGUACCGCACCACCCUCACUCUCCCCGACCAAGUACAAGACGAGCAACGCCGCGCGUUCGUCGCGCAGAUUUUGUCUCUUACGGAGUUUACGGGCGGCAUGGCGGACAGCCUGGUGCAGGAUAUUCUGGCGGACGGCGUGGGGUCGGCGUAUGUGGAGAAGCGGAUCGUGUUUGCAAUGGAGAUGGCGGGCAACCCCAGCGUCGUGUUCUUUGACAUGCCGUUCCUGCGCAUGGACACCACUGAAGUGGCUAAGUUCUCCGGCAUGCUCAAGCACGUGGCGGCAGCAUGGGGGAGAGCGAUGGUGGUGGUGUCGAACGCGGUUACCGCCUUCCAUCUGAACGCCUUCCACUCGCUGCUCAUGCUGGGCAGCGGGGGGGACAUGGUCUACUUUGGGCCAGCGGGCAGGAACGGGAACGCACUGGUGGAGUAUUUCUCGGCCAUCCCAGACACGCCCCCAGUGCCCCCCCACACAAAUCCCUUUACAUUCAUGCUUAACGCUCACCGCCUCUCCAAUCCCCUCAACUCCCCCCCCCCAUACCCCCUGCGUGCCCUUAUUUCCUUCCUCCUGCAGGAGUAUUUCUCAGCCAUCCCGGGCACGCCCCCAGUGCCCCCACACACGAACCCCAUCAUAUUCAUCGAGCACCUGCUGGGGGACGACGCCACUGCCACCCGGCAGCGCGCCACCGCGUGCGACUACGCCGUGGAGUACCGCGUCUCCGAUCUCGCUAUGCUCAACGCCCACCGCCUUUCCGCUCUCCGCCGCGGCGGCGCUGCUGCUGCUGCCGCCUUUGCUGACCACGCCGCUGCUGCCAAUCUCGAGGCUGCCAAGUCAAUGGGCAGGGAUGCUGCUGCUGCUGCCGCUGCUGCUGCCGCCGCUAGUGGCGGUGGUGAGAGUGGGAGGGGAUUCGUUGAAUCAGGAGCGGGUGGCAUGGAGCACGAGAGCGCCAGCCUGGCAAUGGUGGCGUCUGACUCAGCGUGGUCCCUUGCUGCGUUGGAGCAGGAAGAAGCAAUAGCAGCCAAGGGGGCAGAAGCCUUAGCAGGGUCAGUGAGCGGGCGUGACACCGGUGCUGCUGCUGCUGCGGCUGUUGCUGCUGCUGCUGGUCUGACUGGAAGUGAGUCUGCGGAGGGAGAGGGAGAAGGAGGAGGGGGUGGAGGAGGGUGGCUGAAAGCCAAAGGCAUGAUUCGACGCCGAGCAGCAUCCGCUGCAGCAGCAGCUGCGAUAGUGUCAAACGCAGCAGAAUCCCACGCAGCAGCAGCCGCAGCAGCAGCAGCAGCAGCAGCAGCAGAAGCGGAAGCAGCGGCAACAGCAGCAGCGGAAGCAGAAAGCACCCCCAACGAAGAAGCCACGCCAGCCGAGCCGCUCCUCCUCAUGCCCGCGCUGCCGCCCGUGGCAGUGAAGCUCCCGAGCCCAUGGCGCAAGCUGAUGGCGGUGCAGUACAGCAUCCACCUCUUCUACUGGCGCAACACCUCGCACUCCCUCAACCGCAUCAUCCAGUCCUCCAUCCUCGGCCUCCUCAUCGGCUCGCUCUUCUCCCAAUACCCCGUGCACAACCUGCUGCAGGUGAGGGCACAACCUGCUGCAGGUGAGGGGCACAACCUGCUGCAGGCCACCACAGCACAGGAGUUCCCCUCACAGUACUGGCGUUCGGCACGACGCGGCACGGAGGCACGAGAGAGGGGGGCUGGCCAUUCUGAUCUGCUCCCUUUUGCACCCCUCCUCUCCCACCAACCAUCCCCCUGUGCGCCCCACGUCUCUUGUGCAGGCCACCACAGCGCAGGCGUUCCCCUUCGCAGUGCUGGCGUUCGGCACGACGCGGCACGGAGGCACGAGAGUGGGGGGCUGGCCAUUCUGAUCUGCUCCCUUUUGCACCCCUCCUCUCCCACCAACCAACCCCCUGUGCGCCCCACGUCUUUUAUGCAGGCCACCACAGCGCAGGCGUUCCCCUUCGCAGUGCUGGCGUUCGGCACGACGCGGCACGGAGGCACGAGAGCCACCACAGCGCAGGCGUUCCCCUUCGCAGUGCUGGCGUUCGGCACGACGCUGCACGGAGGCACGGCGGUGGGGCUGGUGAAUCAGACCAAGAAGGUGUUCACCCAGGAGCGCAUCUACAACCAGCACUUUGCUUUCCUCUACACGCUGGGCUACACCGUGGUUGAGACCAAGAAGGUGUUUGCACAGGAGCGCAUCUACAACCAGCACUUUGCGUUUCUCUACACGCUGGGCUACACGGUUGUUGAGGUGAGGCAGCUGUUGCAUGGCAUUCACACACACACAGGCACGGAGGUGGGGCUGGUGAAUCAGACCAAGAAUGUGUCCUCCCAGGAGUGCAUGUACAACCAGCACUUUGCCUUCCUCUACACGCUGGGCUACACCGUGGUUGAGAUCCCCUACCUGCUGCUCACCUCCCUCGCACUCGUGUCAGUGGCAGCGCCACUGGCGGGCCUGGCAGUGAGCAGCGCGGCGCUCUUCUUCUCCUUCGGCCUCACGCAGUUCCUGGCCGCUCUCUCCGUCACCUACUUUGGCUUCAUGCUCUCCGUGCUGCUGCCCCACCCCAAGGUGCGCCCCCACCCCAAGUACGCAGCAGUGGUGCAUUCCUUCCUCAUCACGGCAUGGGUUGUCUGGCAUAGUGCCUACGGGGCAGUGGUGAUUUCCUUCUUCAUCACGGCGUGGGUGGCGACGUGUGGCUUCUUCCUGCCCUACGCCUUCACCAAAAACUUCUUCCUCGCCGUCUAUUGGACCAACCCCAUCCAGCUUUACCAAUCACCGCCCCUUUCUCUCUUCUUCUUCGCUGCACUCCUCCCAUCACCCAUCCUUCCCAUACCAGGCCUGUCUUCCCUCCUCAAUCUUUCUCCCUGCAACCAUUUCCUGGCCUACAGACCUACUGUUGUCCAGGCACAGUGUAGUCACUUGUCAGGAUUCUCUCAACUCCUGUGGCAUCGCCUCUGCACCAAUCUCCCCUCUCUCCUCUCUACCCCCAUCCCUCUCUUUCCCUCUGUCCUCAUCCCUCUCCUUCCCUCUGUCCUCAUCCCUCUCCUUCCCUCUGUCCUCAUCCCUCUCCUUCCCUCUGUCCUCAUCCCUCACCUUCCCUCUGUCCUCAUCCCUCUCCUUCCCUCUGUCUUCAUCCCUCUCCUUCCCUCUGUCUUCAUCCCUCUCCUUCCCUCUGUCUUCAUCCCUCUCCUUCCCUCUGUCCUCAUCCCUCUCCUUCCCUCUGUCUUCAUCCCUCUCCUUCCCUCUGUCUUCAUCCCUCUCCUUCCCUCUGUCUUCAUCCCUCUCCUUCCCUCUGUCUUCAUCCCUCUCCUUCCCUCUGUCUUCAUCCCUCUCCUUCCCUCUGUCUUCAUCCCUCUCCUUCCCUCUGUCUUCAUCCCUCUCCUUCCCUCUGUCUUCAUCCCUCCCUCUCCUUCCCUCUGUCUUCAUCCCUCUCCUUCCCUCUGUCUUCAUCCCUCUCCUUCCCUCUGUCUUCAUCCCUCUCCUUCCCUCUGUCUUCAUCCCUCUCCUUCCCUCUGUCUUCAUCCCUCUCCUUCCCUCUGUCUUCAUCCCUCUCCUCCCCUCUGUCCUCAUCCCUCUCUCCCCUCUCUCCCCAUCCCUCUCCCCCUCUGCCCCUAUCCCCGUUCCCCCACGCAGUACGCCCUGAACGGCCUCACAGCAACAGCCUACUACUGCAACACCUCUGCACCGGAGUGCACCAUUCCGGGCUGCCCCGGCACCAGUUCAGCCUGCGACAGCUGUCCCUGCAAGUGGUACCUCAACCCCAUCAGCGGCCCUGAGUAUCUGUGGAACUUCCUCGUCGCCACCAAGUCGGCACGCAGUGCCGUGCACUGGGACUGGCUCUUCCUCCUCUGCUUCUGCGUCUUCUGCCGCGUCACUGCCUUUGCUGCGCUGCGCUUCCUGCGCCAUAACCACCGGGCAUGA